CUUCUACUUGGUCAAUAUUGGAAAACCUCUGAAGGAGAGAAGUUGCCCCCGAGUCUAAGAGAGGACGCGAUGGACUGAGGUGAAAAUCACAACUCUUAAGUCCUGUGGUUUGUAACGUGUAUAAAGACAGACCUCUCAACGUCUCACAGGUCAAAAAGACCUGAAACAAAGCUGAACUCAUGGAUUGGAAGUUUCUUCAGGGUCUUCUCAGUGGAGUCAACAAGUACUCCACUGCCUUUGGUCGAAUCUGGCUCUCGGUGGUGUUCGUCUUCCGCGUGCUGGUCUACGUCGUGGCCGCUGAGCGCGUUUGGAGCGACGACCAGGGACACUUUGACUGCAACACCCGCCAGCCUGGCUGCACCAACAUCUGCUACGAUUACUUCUUCCCCAUCUCUCACAUUCGCCUGUGGGCCCUCCAGCUCAUCUUCGUCACCUGCCCUUCGUUCAUGGUGGUGUUGCACGUGGCCUACCGAGAAGAGCGGGAACGCAAGUACCGGCGGAAGCACGGCGAGGACUCUCGGCUGUUUGACAACCCCGGCCAAAAGCACGGCGGCCUCUGGUGGACGUAUCUGAUGAGCCUGUUCAUCAAAACCACCUUUGAGAUCCUGUUCCUCUACGUGCUCCACUACAUCUACGAUAGCUUCAAGCUGCCCAGGAGAGUCCAGUGUGACGUCAGUCCCUGUCCUAAUUUAGUUGACUGCUUUGUUUCCCGGCCCACUGAGAAGACCGUCUUCACCUACUUCAUGGUCGGGGCGUCUGUUGUGUGUGUUGUGCUCAACAUUUGUGAGGUUUUGUAUCUGAUUGCGUCGCGAGUGGUGAAUCUGAAACGUCGAGGCACCGCCUACACUUCAUCGAAAAGGGUCCACCCUCGCGUGAACUGUGAUGGCCGCCAGUCUACUUUUCCACCUUAGCUGUUAGACCCAGAGCAGAGAAUCAAACUCUUUGUAUUAUGUCGCUACUUGAUUAACUAGUGUGACUGAGUUGUUUGUCACUCCCUGGUUGUCAUUAAAGUUCCACAUUCAAAAACA